AUGGAGUUUGUGGAGGUUUCCAAUGUGACUUUCCCCGUAGGAAUCGAAUAUACCCGGCGCACUCUUUUACGACUUUUCCGACUAAUUCACAAUGUGGAAGAUAUCGUCUUAGAUGUACGACAAGGCCAAGCCAUCGUGUCGUUCGCCGAGUCGUCUGCCGCCCAAGAAGCACUGAUCUCAUUUGACGGAUUUGUGCUGUUUGGGCGAGCGCUCUCCGUACGGAUCGCACCCCCACCUGCUUCCCCAGUAGCCGGUUAUAUUGUGACUUCCAGGGUGACAAGGUAUCUUCUGAUACACAAUGCGCCGUAUUUAGCUAUCGUCGUGAAAUUGAAACACGUGUCUGGUGUGGAGUCAGUCACGUCAGCCGGCGUCAAUAGGUGCUUUGUCGUUACACAGUCCGUUGACGACGCUACACAGGCGAAAGUACUAGUAGGCAGUCACUGUAGUCGCUGGGGAACGGCGGUCCUGAUCUCGUUUUUGCGAAAGCUUUAA